UAUUUAUUUAAUUUUAGAAUAAGGCCAUAACUGUGCGGGCCUGGGCAACUCCAGUCCUCGUGUCAGACUUUUGCCCCAGUCACAGCUAAUGAUCUUCAGUUUAGAAUGCAAUUAGUUUAAAUCAGAUGUGUUUGCUAGGGAUGGGGGAAAAGUCUAUCAGGCCCUCGAGGACUGGAAUUACCCGGGUCUGCGUAACGUAACAAAAUGUGGAAAAAGUGAAGGAGCCUGAAUACUUUCCGAACGCACUGUACAUAUAGAACCAAACGGAAGUAAACUGAUUAAACGGAAUCAAACUGGGAGCGACGUACCUGAAUUUGUUCAAUAGAAACUCUCGUUUUCCGUUUGGAAUUAACUGUUUCUGUUGCAAAACGUUUAGCAACAGACCCCAGCAGCCCUGCGUUCCUGAAGGGCGCUGUGUAAAUCACGUGGGUCGCGCGUCAGCCAUUCUACGUUUUCAUUCCACUACAUUCGGAUCUACAAGAGGGCGGGAAUGGUCGAAUGGAAUUAUAGAAUCAUACGUCACGUUUCCUUGGAGAACAACAUACAUUUUGAAAAGUAGUGAUAUUUUAGUAUCACUAGCGCAUUUUGGAACUUUUUUAUUUUGUAAAAAUGUGGCUAAUGUAGUCUAGCGAGCACAUAAUUUGUCUAACAAUGACAAUUGGAAGUAUUCUAUUUUAAUCAAGCUAUAGGGUUAUUCACCCAUUUUUGGCAUGAUGAUGGACAACGGAGACUUCACUAACACGCUCCACACAUUUGAGGACCUGCCUUGCAAGGGUCUUGGAGACAAAAUGUCAAAUGCAAGCAAUAGUAGAUGCUCAAGUCCAGCAUAUGGAGUUCCUAGUGAUGAGGGAAAUCAACCCAGUGAAUCCCAUUCCGAUAUAAUAAGACAGCUUCAUGAUGAAAUAGAUCGGUCCAAAAUGUCAUACAAAGAAGUAGAGGCUAUGGUCCAUGCCCACAUGAAGCCUAUUUUGGAUCAAAUUCGUUCAGAUGCAUGUAAAUUGGUGAUUAAGUCAUCAGCAUUGGAGGAUGGCUGUCACAGGAAAGACCAGCAGGACAGACACAUUCUCUUACACAUCCCCUCCCUCCAAGAGCUCCUUUUGAAAUUAGCCUUUACAAAAAACUCAGAUGACGUGCAGAGUUACCUGAUCUCGUCCGACCGAACAUUCCUACUCUCUGAGAACGAUGCCCUGAAAAUGGAGCUCAGAGAUGCCAAGUCUCGACAUGAGACUGUGAUGAAGAGCCUGCACCUUUCCCUUCACUCUGCUGAACAAGAAAACAAGAGCUCCAAGCUCACACUCCAGCAGAACCUCAGACUUUCUGAGGGCAAGGUAAACUCCAUGGAGCAGAAACUCAAGGAGUUUGAAGGACAGGUCCUGUCCUUGCAGCACAAUCUCAUGGCCUCUAAUGAAAGGACUCAGAGUCUGCAGAAAACCCUCCGGUUCUCUGACAAUAGGCUCCAGUCCCUUCAGCAGGACCUGGACGAGUCUGAGAAGAGAGGCCAAAGCCUGCAGAAAAGCCUUGGGGACUCCCAAGAGAGGAACCAGACUCUGCAACAUAACCUGGCUUCCUUUGAGAAGAACAACCAGUGCCUUAGCCAGAACCUUAGCGCUUCAGAGAAAAAGGUUGACUUCCUUCAGCACAGUAACUGGAAGUUUGAGGAGAGGGUGAAGUCUCUGCAGCAGACCCUCGGCUCUUCUGAGGGAAAGGUCUCUCUCCUGCAGCAGAGUCUGAAGUCUUCAGAGGAGAAGGUCUUAUCCCUCCAACAUGACCAUUGGGCCUUGGAUGAGAGAGCCCAGUCCCUGCAGCAGAGCCUCAACUCCUCAGAGGAAAAGCUCCAGUCGACACAACAUUGGCUCAAGGCUACAGAUGAGAAAGCCAAAGCCCUGAAGGAAGCUCUCAGAUCUUCAGAGGAGAAGACCCAGUCCUUACAGGAGGCCCUGGGGGUCAGUGAGAGCUGGAUCAGGGCAACCAAGGCCCAGCAGCAGUCUCUGGAGAAAUGCAAAGAGGAGCUGGAGGAGAGGAUCAAGGGUUUGAUGCAGACUCUCCGGGCCACUGAGGGGGAGCACCACAGCACAGUGCAGGACCUGCAGGUGGGUCUUCAGAGUGCCAGGGAGAAGGUGGAGAUUCUGCAGGAUGCACUGAACAGGACUGAGUCUGGGCAUGUGAAGGAGGUGGGGCAGCUUCAAGAGAAACUGAACAGAGCUGCAAAAAAAUUGUCUUCAAGAGAGCAGGCGCUGCACAGCCAGAUUGCUGCCUUGAACACUAAAUUGCUGGAGGAGCAGUCAAAGGCAAGCAAGGACCUUGAAAGAUCCAUUAGAUAUGAGAAAGAGCUGCAAGACACUGUCAAGAUUCUCAGGAAGAAGCUGAGAACUCAAACUGAGGAGAAGGGGUUUGCUCUGAAUAGCCUGAGAAUGCGUCAGAAGGACCUGGCGGAUGUACAGCGCCACCUACAGGCAGACCUGCUGAGGUGCAGCCAGGUCUGUGGCAAGGAGAAGGGACCGCAGUACUUAGCCCCCCGCAAGGGUGGCCUGAAGGAGGAGUUCUUCCACCUGAGAACCAGCCUGCACUCCGUCCUGGAGAAGGAGGCUGGGAGAGACGACCCAGGGAGGCAAGACUGGGUGCAGGUGUUAGACGAGAUCAAGGACUGGGAGAAAAGGGCAGAAAAACAGGUGGACAGUUUAGAUUCUCUGCAGAGUUCCCAGCUGCUGGAAGAAGGAGGGGAUGAAAGGUACCAAUAUAGAGCAGGAGCAUGGAAAAGUGGAGCACCACCCUCCAUCCGUUCCCCUUCUGCUGUGACGAUUUCCCAGAGGAACCUCUCUACGAGGCCUGCUUCUCCAUAUCCCUAUGGGCAAUAUCUAGGGCAGGAGAAGAGGCUUGGGUCUAGCUCCCUCCGUGGCUUGAAUGAUUCUGAAGGCAUGCAGCAUUUACUAACAAUCCAAAAAAGACUGAAGAACCUCCAGUCAGUUGAAUUCCAGAGGAAUAUCAAGGGUUUACUCCGGACCUCAUAGCACCAGCAGCGAGACCCUUUUGGACCAUUGAAUUACUUUACAACUGAGGGAAACCCCAUUUUAAAAUACCAGACAAUUUGAGAAUUGUUAAAAUAAUCUGAAUUCAUGGCAAAUAAAUCAUUGGUUCUUGUC